UGUACAUCUGCUCCUGUGUGUUGCUCAGCGAGCGUGUACUGAAAGGAAUCUCCACUUCAGUGCUCUUCACACUGACUGGCCACAGGCAAGGGGGUGUGGUUUAAACUCACAGUUUAAAGCACUAUAGCAAGUGGUCAGGGGUCUAAUGAAAGGCGAGCACAUGCAGUCUGGCACCAUCAACCUUAGGACACACUACCUCUCAUUCCUGAUGGCUUUUUCUCCUCCUACCACUGAGAGGUAAUAAAAGGAACCUGCAGAAACUCAAGAGAGCUGUUUACACUUGGAUGCUGCUGGAAGAAGAUAUCUAAUCAGAUAGAGAUAAGAUUAAAGAAACCUUGAAAAUCCAAGGGGGUUUAUUUGUAAGUUUAACAUAACUCGAUCUACAAUGAAGAUGCUGAAUGUGGACCUACUAGUUUUAAGCUUGUGCCUUGGUCUGGGAACUGGAUUCAGUGCUGCUGAGAAAACACAAUAUCAAAUCCAAAAUGGCCCUUGCAGCUAUACGUUUCUGCUGCCUGAGCAGGAUAACUGCCAAACUCAGUAUAACAACUACAACUAUCCUGUCCAGAAGGACGGACCUACGGACAACGAGUCAAUUCAGAGGCUGGAACAACUGGAGAUCAGCAUGGAGAACAACACGCAGUGGCUGCUUAAGCUUGAGAGCUACAUACAGGACAGCAUGAAGCAGGACAUGAUCCAAAUCCAACAGACUGCUGUACACAACCACACCGCUACAAUGAUUGAAAUCGGGACAAACCUACUAAGUCAAACUGCUGAGCAAACAAGGAAACUGACCAAUGUGGAGGCACAGGUUAUUCAUCAUACAACUCGGAUUGAGCGCCAGCUUCUUGAAAACUCUUUGUCAACCAACAAAUUGGAAAAGCAACUAAUUGUCCAAACAAACGACAUCAACAAACUGAAUGACAAGAACAGUUUUCUAGAGAAGAAAGUAAAAGAGAUGGAGGAGCAGAGGCAGGUGGAGAUGAAGACGCUUCAAGAAGAAAAGGAGCAGCUCCAGACUCUGAUACUGAAGCAGACGGCUAUCAUCGGUGAGCUGGAGCAGCAACUGCUCAAAGUCUCAACCAACAACACAGCCCUGCAGUAUCAGCAGCAGGAGCUACUGGACACUGUGAACAACCUCAUUUCUAACAUCGCUUCUGGCACCGCUCAAGGUCCUAAAACUGUCAUGAUGCGGGACACACCUACUACAUUCAUGGACUGUGCUGCCGUCUACAAAUCAGGAAAUACCAACAGUGGUGUCUACACGCUAACAUUACCCAACAGUACAAUGGAGGUUAAGGCUUUCUGUGACAUGGAGACAGAAGGAGGUGGCUGGACUGUUAUACAAAAACGCUUUGACGGCCGUGUUGACUUUCACCGUACGUGGCAAGAGUACAAAAAGGGAUUCGGAGAACCUUCUGGAGAAUUCUGGUUAGGAAAUGAAUUUGUCUCCAGACUGUCAAAUCAACAGUCCUACAAAUUAAGGAUCCAGCUGAGUGACUGGGAAGGAAACUCUGGAUUCUCACAAUACGACCAAUUUUCUCUUGACAAUGAAGCACAAAAUUACAAGAUACACCUUAAAGGCUACAGCGGAACGGCAGGCAAAAUAAGCAGCAUUGGGCAGCCAGGAAGUGAAUUCAGUACAAAGGAUGCAGACCAUGACAAAUGUGUUUGCAAAUGUUCACAACUGACAACAGGAGGCUGGUGGUUUGAUGCCUGUGGUCCGUCCAACUUGAAUGGGAUGUAUUACCAAAAGGGCCAAAAUGCCAAUCGCUUCAAUGGAAUCAAAUGGUACUACUGGAAAGGCUCAGGCUACUCACUGAAGACCACUACAAUGAUGAUCCAGCCAGCAGACUUCUCGGGUUCCCUUUGAACAGUCAGAUUAAAGAAAAUGGGAACAACAAGACCAAAAAUAAAAAUUCUCAAGGGAUCCAAAACACUUUGUGCGUAUAUUUUUAUACACCUUUGUGCAUCUUUCUGUGGUAGAUUUUGAAAUAUGGAGAGUCACAGCAAUACACAUAGCUGUAGUAUUUACAGUUAUUUGAAUAGUAAUUAAAAUGAGUUAUAUUAAAAUGUAUUAAAAUAUAUUAAAAUAUCGGUCAGGCUCUAUUCAGCUAGCUUAUCAGAUUCAUUUAAUUUCUUUGAAUCACUUUAACAGUUGAACUAUUUUUUAAAAACAGCUGCCAAUGUCAUUGUAUAAUAGAGACGAUGGUACAAAAUGCUGAUAAACAUCUGGUGAAAGGUUUUUUUGCAUUGUCAACAUUUUUCAAAAUGUAAAUGUUAAUGUAAAAAUACCACAAAAUGUUUCUCUUAUGAUAACAAUGUUUUGCUAUAGAGAUUAUAUGUACAUUUGUUGUUUAAUUUAUAAGUAGAUUUUAAGGUUGGUUUUAAACUUUAUCAUAUAAGAAAGGAGAUUUCUUAUAGCUAGUUAUUAAUUUUAUUGCACAUGAAGGGAAAUUAAUUAUUUUAAUAUAAUUCUACAGUACUGGGAAUGUUUUUUAAUCUGCAUUUUUAUAUAAUGGUUCUUUUGAAGCUACAACAAACUACAACAAAGAAAAAUUGGACAAGUUUGGAAGUGUAACUUUUCACCAGUUAACACUGGCCUUAGGAGAUUAGGACAUGUAAUGCUUGAGUAGCUGUUAUAAACCUGAUAUUGAAUGUUAAAAAUCAACCACAAGGCAGAGAGGUUGAUUCUGCAUUGUAGUGGGUGACAUAAUAGUUAAGCAUAAGUCAUGUGACAAAGAAUAAACAGCCUUGUGGAUGCUGAUCUGCCAUACAGCUAAAGUGUUGUUUAAGAUCUUUCAAAUCUUUCUGUCAUUUUAUCUUUUCCACAAUACACAAUAAAUUCUACAUGCUACAAAACUUGUGAUUUUAUUGUUGCCAUUAAUAGAUUCAGCUGCACAUUUCAGAUUUAAAGCCUCAAAGGACCAAUGCAUGUUUAGCUACUGAUGGUAAGCUAGAAUGAGAAAAGCCAUUGAAAGAUGUAGAGCAACAAACUUGACUGUAAGACGACAGUUGAGUAAUGUAAUAAGUAAUGUAUAAAAACAUCAGGGAAAUGACGCAAUCGAGAACAGAGUAGAUUUUCCAGUGUUUGUCGUCGUAAAAUUUCAUAAAAAAUAAACCAAAAAACGAUUUAAAUCCAUUUUUGGAUGUUUGUCUAGAAUUUUUCAAACUGUAAG